AUGAAUUUAAUAUUAGGAUCAGAAGUCCAAGAAUUUUGUGUGAACUAUUUAGACGAUCUAGCCAUUAUUACAAGAGGAACGUUAGAUAAACAUUUGGAGCACAUUGAUAUUGUUUUAAGUAAAUUGAAUAAAGCUGGCUUAACGUGCAACUUGCAGAAAUGUGAAUUUAUUUGUAAAGAAAUUAAAAUGCUGGGUUUUAUAAUUGCAACGGAAGGCAUAAAGACAGAUCCCGAUAAGAUUCGAGCGAUCCAAGAGUUUCCAGCACCUAAAAAGAUUAAACAAUUAAGGGCCUUUUUAGGUCUAUGCAAUUUUUAUAGAAGGUUUAUACCAACUUACAGCGAGAGCAUAAUACCACUCUGUGAAUUACUUAAAAAGGUAUGUAGGUUCCAAUGGAGCGGUAAAGAACAGAAGGCAUUUGAUUUUAUAAAACAACAAUUUAUUAAUACAAUACAAUUGCAUCAUCCAAACUUUAGUAAGCCGUAUUAUUUACAAACAGAUUGUUUCGGUGUGGGUAUGGCCGGAGUACUAUAUCAGAUAGAUGAUAAUAAUGAAAUGAGAAUUUUAGGCUAUCAAAGUAAAGCCUUAAAAGGCCCCGAAUUAAAUUGGUCUGUUACUGAACAAGAGUUUUAUGUUGUAAUAAGCUGCCUAAAGAAAUUUGAAACAUAUUUGAGGGGCAGUAAAGUAUUAAUAUUAACUGAUCAUAAAGCAUUAUUGUUUAUUAAUAAUAUGAAGUUAUUCAAUGGCAGAGUAACCCGAUGGAUUUUGUAUAUAGAACAAUUUAAUUAUGAAGUACAGCAUAUAUCGGGUAGACGUAAUAUUGUUGCAGAUGUGCUAUCAAGUUAUCCUCCUGAUGGCGAUUUAAUACAAGAGGAUAAAAAUAAUAGUUUAAAAAUUGCUUACACAGAGGGCGAACCGAAUAUUGAGUUGAUAGAAAAAUUUAAAUCCUUAUCAGUAUAUCAAUUACAAGAUUCAGUGUCGUUGGCUAUUAUUGAAAAGCCAAAGACAUUAAAUACUUCCAUAAUAAAACAAAACAAUAAAUUGAAAAGGUAUAAUUUGAAAAAUGAUGUAUUAUAUUACAAAACGAAUUUACAAGAAGUAAUAUAUUUACCUAAAGCAUAG